AUGGAGAAUACUUAUUCAACCCCCAUCUCCCCUCAAUCGCCAAACGUCUUUCGACCCCGCCGAUCCGAUGACUGGCACGAAUACCGUGAAAUCAUCGAACAACUCUACCGCAAUGAUCAGUUGAAACUACGCGAUGUUAAACGCAUCAUGGAGAGAGAUUAUAAGUUCUUUGCAUCAGAGAAACAAUACAAAGAUCGUCUGGCAGCAUGGCAUGUGCGAAAGAACAUCAAAGCCAAGGAAGUCCAUCUUAUGCUUCGGAAGCAACAGAAGCGCGCCGCCCAAGGCAAACAGACAGCAUUCCGCGUAAACGGUCAGAACGUCGAUCCAAAACGUAUCGCCCGUUUCGUGCGUCGUUAUGGAACAUCAUGGGAUACCAAUCGAGGCAAAGAACCAGAGACUGAGACCCAAAGCCCAGAACCUCAAACACCAUCCGACAUGACCUGCUACACACCAGAACCAACAGACGAACACAGCGUCACAACACCCAUCUCACCACUCCCGGACAUGCAAUCGCCAACCCGAGAGAUGCCUCCCUACCCACUCGGCUCAUACGGUAAAUCCACGGCCGUUCCGGUGAGUGUGAGUGUACCGAAUGAUAUUGAUGGAAGAUAUCUCGCUCUAGACCCAAACCACCUCGAAAACCUGCCCGAUCUGGAACUAGAAGAGACACCGCCCAUGCCGAUGUCUAUGCACCCAAUCCAGCCUCAGCCACGCCACAUCCAGUCCUAUCACCAUUCAAUAGGCAACCAUCUCUCGCACGGUGCACAUGGGUCUCACAACUCCCACCCAUCGCACCCUGUACACGGUUCUCAUGCAUCCCAUGCCGUGCACAACCCUCACAAUGCUCAUUCCUCGCACGCGUCUCACGCGCAUGGUCACCAUGGCCCCGCACCGAGGGAUCUAGAGGAUGCACCGAGUGAAGUGGAUACGCACCCGCCGGACUGGAAUACGGUUGAGUCGUUCCAGACGAGGCUGCAGGAUUUGGAUUUCACGCUUACGCAGUCGAUGUCGAAGUGGGCUAGGGAUCAGGAUCCUAACCAUGAGCCUCCUCACCAUGAGGGGUUGGGGAUGUAA